AUGGAAUUUGACUUUGUUAACUCUAAAUCUCAUAUAUGUUUGAAUCGAAAACGUUGUUUUUCAAUACUUUUAUUAGUGAAUUGUAUUCUCGCUUUUCUCUAUUAUACAUAUGUACAAAAUCAAUCCGAAGGAACAAAAGGUAAUUCGAACAGUGCAAAAGGAAUUCGUAUUAAUUUUAAUCCGGAUCGAAAUUCGACCAAACCAAGUAAACCGAUCGAAUACAUUCGAACUAUACUCGAAAACGAGUAUAAUUACGAUGAUUUAGUUAAAUUUUAUAGUCUUAAUGAAAAAGAAUUUUCAUUGGGCUUACGAUGUACAAGAAAGCCUAAGCGCAUUGAAACAACGACAAAAGUCAAUUAUACGGGUGAUACAACAAUCGAAGAUAACAGUACUACGAUCAGUUCAUUACCUAUUGCAGCAACUUCACAAGUCGAUUCUUUGUCUGCAUUACCAUACUAUCGUUAUCAACGUAGGAGUCUUUUUACCUUCGUAAUCGAUCAUGCUGAUGCAUGUUUAAAUGAUUCUAUUGAUUUAUUGAUACUGAUCAUAUCGAAAUCAGAUAAUUAUAAAACUCGUGAUGCUAUUCGUCGAACAUGGGGAUCUGGUGAAAAUCUUGGUAAUUAUUCGUCGAUACGUAUGAAACUGUUUUUUCUUACUGAUUUCGAUGAAAAACUAAGUACAAAUAUUCGACUUGAAGAUAAUCUUUUUCAUGAUAUAAUUCAAGUAGAAUUGCCACCGCAAUACACAUUGGUUACAUAUCGUGUUUUAUCUCUAUUCGAAUGGUCAUUUCGUUUUUGUCGUCGAGCGAAAUUUUUAUUUAAAACCGACGAUGACAUAUUUAUAAAUUUAAUAUUACUUCUGAAAUUUAUAUCUUCGCGUCUUGAUAAGCCAACGAACAAUUCAUUUCUCAUACCGGAUAUGACUAUGUAUGGUUAUAAACAUUAUCGUCCAGGAGUAUUUCGUCAAGCCAAUGAUCCAGUUGGAGCUCGUUAUGUUAUUACACUGGAUGAAUUUCCAUGCUCACAUUAUCCUGAUUUUUUAUCCGGCUUUGGUUAUGUAAUGCCCAAGAAAGGACGCGACGCCAUAAUCUAUGCUGCUUAUCGAAAUACUGAUAAACCAUUUCGAAUAUCAGAUGUUUAUCUAACCGGUAUUCUACCCGAUUAUCUAUCUAUUGAACGGCAACCAUUGCCUAACUAUAAUAUUCGUUAUCAAGGUAGUUGUGAGAAUUUCUUUGAAAAUCCAACAUCGUUUGCAUGUGCUGUUGGUUUGCAUCAUGGAGAUUCAACUGAUGUUUUUGAUAAAUUUAAUCGUUAUUGGCAAUAUGUGAAAAAGUCUCUCUGA